GGCAGAAAUCCAUCGCGAUGAAGGGUAAUGAGCAUUCAGCUAUUCCGUGCGCAUGUGAGAUAGUGUACAAUUCAAGUGAGUUGCUAGCUAGCCUACACUAUGUAUCUAGCUUUAACUACCCAAUGCAUGUUUUGCUUUUUCGGGUGGGCCCCUGGAUCUCCUGUGUGUUCUGAGGGAGAUACAAGACGUCAGAUCACUCCGGCAUAUGGCGCAGGCCAUCCAACAAAUACUGGUACACUCCGCACAAAACGCAUGAGACGAGAAGCCACGCCUGUCACUGAUGUUGUAGCUAUCGACGUUGCCGACCAUUGGCCUCCGUGAACCGUGUAAAGGUUCAAAAUGGUGGACAGAAAUUCAAUCAGCGAGUCUGCCAGCGUGGGUCUGCCGCUUCGUCAGUGAAGGAACUGGCAAAAUCCAGCCAAAGGCGGCCAAUGUGACGCGAACGUAGAUGAGAACACGAUGUAGCCCGCCAGCAAGAGCCACGAGAAGAUCUUUGCCAGAAGAGACCACCACCAGUCUAUCUCCUUGUCGUUCUCCAACACCAUCUGAUCAUAUCUAGACACGGCAUAGUUCUCGAACUGCUCGUUAUUGUCGUUCUUGGGAGGGAAGUAGUCGCAGUCCUUCA